CGACCGCGCCGAGGCAGCCCGGGCUCCCGAGCUCCCGUCCCGGCCCCAGCCCGAGGAACGGCACGGUUGUCCCCCGCGGAGGCGCACGGCCGCGCGGUCUCCCCGCACUCGCCCCGCGGCCCCCUCGGUCUCUCCAUGGCGUCUCGUCAGCAAACCCGGAUCCAGGCUUACCUGGAGAAGAACAAGAUCGGUCCCCUGUUUGAGGAAUUAAUGACCAAGUUAAUAACUGAGACACCUGACCAGCCAAUCCCGUUUCUCAUUGACCAUCUUCAGUCUAAACAAGGAAGCCGUGGACAACUUCAAAGGACUUUAUCUGGAUCUGCAGCUCUCUGGGCAGAAAGUGAAAUACCAGAACCUAAAGGAACCAGAAGGGAUUUCAGAAGCUAUGAUAAACCUUGGCAAUUAAAUGCAAAGAAACCUAAAAAAUCAAAAAGUGACCUUGCUGUGUCUAAUAUUUCUCCAUCAUCACCGGACUCCAAAUCAUUGCCAAGGUCAGUAGAGCAUCCUAAAUGGAACUGGAGGACUAAACCAGAAAGCCGUGAUUUUGAUGAAUUGAAUCACAUCCUUCAAGAGAGCAAGAAGCUGGGGAAAGCCCUUGAGAAUCUGUCUCGAAGUAUUGCAAUUUCAGAUGAACUCGAUAAGGAAACAGUGGCUUUUAAUUCUUCUCUUCUGAGGCCCCGUGUGAUUGGAGAAUGGAUUGGUAGAGAAGAAAAUGAUGCUGAUCCACUAGCCGCUGAGAUGCUACAGCCCCCAGUUCCAAGAAGUAAAAAUGACCAAUGGGAAAGCGAAGACAGUGGCUCUAGCCCUGCAGGAAGCUUAAAGAUGGAGCCUAAGACUAAAGGAUUAAAACAGCAGCAGCAGCAACAUAAGAAGCUCCUGGCGGCCAUGCUCUCUCAAGAUUCUUUUGAGUCCAUUCACAGCCCCACCCCAUCUGUAACAGAGGAAGAUAUUGAUAAUGAAGAUGAUGCAAUGGAAUUGCUGGAGGAUCUUAAUGAUUUAAGAAUGGAGGGAGUAACAACCUUGGUACCUUCUGGGAGCAAAUUUAACCAAGGCCGUCCUACUCACCCUGCUGAGCCUCAGGCCAAGGUCACACUGAACAUCUGUUCAAGGUGUGCCAGGCUUCAAGGAGACAACCUGGCAGAGAGGACAGAAGAGACAUUACAGAUACUUCAUUCUCCAGAUGAAACAGUCCCAGAUUCUUUGGAUUCUUUUCCUGGGACCGAAGAAGCUCUAAUGGAAGAGGGUGAAGAAUUAGAGAAAGCAGCUAACUUUACAGGACCCGGAGAAGGCUCCAGUGAAGGACAAUCAUUGAAAACCUACAUGGAAGAAGAUGAAUCCUUAAAGCAACUACAAGUAGUUCAUCAACCGUGGAUCUUGCCAAGUGACACAGAAAGUGAAGGGGUGGAAGCAGAACAAGAUAAACGUUCUGCCGACCUCCUUCUUUGUGUCCCAUGCUCUUCUUGUCCUGCACUGGUCUACUCUGGUCUGUGAAACAGACAGAAGAAGUUGCAAGUGGCCCUUAAAGAAAUUGCAAUUAUUCAAAUCCUUAUAUAUAGUUCUAAUUUUAUUUACUAUGUGUAAUCAUUUAGAGAAUGGUUAUUUUUGUAAUAUCAAUAAUAAAAGAAAAGUACUAUUGUAACCAGGGGGUGCCCAACUGUGUAAUCAGAGAACACUAAUCCUGGCAAAGAACUAUGGGGUGGUGAGGAAGCCUGCUGCCUUUUGGCAUGGUUAGUGUCUUGGGUUUAGAGUACUUUAUACAUAGCUACUAAGAUUAAUAUUUGAUAUAUUAAAUAUUGCCUGAUUCAAAUAACUUUGCUUAAAUUUUUUCUGUAUUUUAACUUGUCCAGGGUUUUCUACUUCUUCUAUUUUUAUAAUAUUUUCUCAUUUUUUAGAUUAAUAAACAUUAUACUUACCCACAUGUGCCAACAUGUGCCAUUUAGGUCUCUGCACAGGUUAGCUAUUUGCUGUCAUCCCCCACCUUAUGUAUUCUGUGCAGCAGCAAGAGGUGUAUUCUCCACCGCUACUCCUUCCCAUGAUUAUUAUCCCUAUUUCUAUCAAAACACAUAAUCGAUAUGUUAAUUCCAUAAAAAUAUCAAUAAGGAAUGUAAUGCAUGCCCCCCAAAGUGUAUGCAAUGAAAAGUGUUUGACCAUUAAUCCAAUUAUUAAACCCAAUGAAGAUUAUCCAUUUUAAAUUUGAUAUACGCUAGCUUUUGGAAUGUGUUAUGCAUCAAUGCUAAGUGAAUGGAUCUAAGUAAAUCCAUGGAGGGUCUCUAC